AUGGACAAAGGCAAAGGAGGAAGGCACCGUGAAACAUCUGAUACCGAUGAUCACUCCCACCGCAACAAAGCCGACGAUGCUUCAGGAGUUAAAAACAACGGAGUUAACAAUAAGAAGUCGCCACCAGCACGGCCAAUGCCGUCAGUUCAAAAUGCGGGUGCGGUUUCGUUUCCAGGGGCCGGUGGAAAUGGGCAAAAGCAACCAGUUUUGGGUGUUGGUGUAGGAAGUACUUCAUUUUUUUUGAGUAAUUUGCACUGGUGGACUACUGAUGCUGACGUUGAAUACGAGCUUUGUAAGUAUGGAGAAGUUAGGGAUUUAAGUUUUUUUCUUUAUGAUGAUUGUGGAAAAUCCAAAGGGUAUUGUAAGGUUGAGUUUUAUGAUCCUUUAGCUGCAGCUGCUUGUAAGAAAGGGUUGGAUGGACAUAGGUUUAAUGGUAGACCGUGUGUUGUUUCUUCGUCUUGGACGCCUUUUCUUGGUACGAAUCAACCUGAUGUGGAUAAUAAGGGAAUGAAGGAGCCUAAUCAGGUUGAGGCUACUAAGCCUGGUGAUGAAAAUGAUGGGAGAGGUGGUAUCAAAGAAGGUGGAGAUGGGGAUAAUUCGGGAAAGAAGGGGCCUGAUGAGGUUGAGGCCACUAAGCCUGGUGUUGGUAAUGGUGGGAGAGGUGGUGCCAAAGAAGGUGGAGAUGGGGAUAAUAGAGGUUAUGGAAGAGGUAAUUGGGGGAGAGGGAACAAUCUUGGGAGGGGGAGUAGAGGACAUGGUAAUCUGAUGAGGAAUCGGGGCGGUGGAAUGGGUGGUAGAUCGAUCAUGAUGGGUGGUUCCAUGGGUAGAACGGGUGGUGCUGCCCCACGAAUGUUGAUGCAUCCUCGGAUGGGUCCUAUGAGUAGAAUGGGUGGGGAUGCAUGCUUUCCCGGUGGCCCGAUACCUCAGUCCUCUGGGAAUUUGCCUUCAUACCUCAGUGUUGGUUUGCGCGGUGUAGCACCUUAUGGUAAUUAUUCUUUCUGUGGAAGAGGGAUGCCUAUGCGUGGUAAGGGGAUGAUUCCGCGGUCAGGUAUGGGUGGUCCUAAUAUGGGAAGAUUGGGUGGUGAUGAACAUGGUGGAGGCAAGGCUGCAGGGGCAAGUUAUGGGGAGGAAGCUGCAUCUGAUCAUCAGAACGAUGAGGUGGAUCGUGAUAGAGGUGAUUCGCCUAAUGCUAUGCGCGAAAAAGAUAGAGGAUCAGAGAGGGAUUUGCCAGGUACGUCUGAAAGAACAUUCAAGGAUGAUAGAGUUCCUGUAUUUGACAGAUAUGUGCCUAGUGAAAAUGAUUCGGAGCAUGACCAUCCAGAAAUAGGGAAUCUUGAUGAUAGAGAAAUUAGUCGUGCACGAUCUCGGGAUAGUGAUAUAGAUCGUGAACAAUCACGAUCUCGAGACCAUGUCCCUGAUCGCGAAAGAGGUUGGAAUCGUGAUAGAGGUGAUUUGCCUAAUGCUAUGCGCGAAAAAGAUAGAGGAUCGGAGAGGGAUUUGCCAGGUACAUCUGAAAGAACAUUCAAGGAUGAUAGAGUUCCUGAAUUUGACAGAUAUGUGCCUACUGAAAAUGAUUCGGAGCAUGAUCAUCCAGAAAUAGGGAAUCUUGAUGAUAGAGAAAUUAGUCGUGCACGAUCUCGGGAUAGUGAUAUAGACCGUGAACGUUCACGAUCUCGAGACCAUGUCCGUGAUCACGAAAGAGGUUGGAAUCGUGAAAGGCAGAGGCAAGAUAGGGACGGAUAUGCUGAUCAUCCUAGACUCACAGACCACGCGCCACAGCACAAUGAUGAGCAGGAGAGGGGACAGUCAACAAAGCCUAGCAUCAAAUCACGAUUAUCAUACCCGACUAGAAAAUAUUCACAUAAUGGAAAAAGGAGAUAG